AUGGAUACUUCGCUUGAAACUUUGGAACAUCAAACUGCCCCUGAGAGCACUCGAGGAUUCUUUGAGCCACCCUCUGCAGAUAAAAAGUUUCCUUCCCACAGAGAAAGUGCGCCUGUUCCUGAUAAACGUCGUUCUCUGGGACCUGGUGAUAAACUUUCAAGACCUCCUUCCUUUCAACCUGCACCAUCACAACAAGGUAGCAGAGGCCAUCAACGCUCUAGGUCUUCUUCCGAUCUGGUAUCCAAUCUUUCUGCUAACGGACGUCGAAAUAAUUUUGGGUUACAAACUUUAGUAGAAGAAGAAGAUGCUCAUAGAAAGAACAAAUCUUCCAACCUGGACUCUUUACAAGACAUGAUCAAUACGCUUAAAAACUUACCUCCCAUCAUCUCCAACCCUGUUGGUGCUCAACAAUCAAAAGGUCAUCGCAAACAGCAUAGUAUGUCAGCCUUAGUGAGCGGUAAUGGAAAUAACCAGGUUACCAAUAAUAAAAGACUGUCGUACAACAACAGCAGUAACAAUGUCUCCGAUAUGCAAACCAACGUAUCAUUCGAUAACACACGUCGUCCUACCUCUUCCUCUGCAGAUCUCUUUGAUAAUGGUAACAUAUUUAAUCAUUUGUCGCGUGAUGAAGCACUGGCCGAAGCAGAAGCAAAAUUAAUGGGCACCUUUCAGCCCAAGAAAAAAAUGGAUGGCCGAAGAAACUCGGAUGUGCGACCUCCUUCUUCUCGUCGCUACUCUGAAUCUCAACCGUUUGAUCAUCAUCCCAUUUCUACUAGCGUCUCUUCAGGCUUAACUUCGAAGCGCACCUCACUUCAAAUGCCUACCUUGAACGAGAAUGUCGCCACUGAAAAUGGCUCAGGUAGACGUAUCGUCUUUAACAAGCCAUUGAAUUUAUCAGCUACCACAAAAGAAGACACAUUAAAUGAAAGUAAAAGAUUAUCAUCAGGUCAUCAACGUCGUUCUUCUCGUAACCUGGAUUUCGAUUGGCGAGCAUCAAAUAAUGGAGGUAAUAGUUCAAAUCCCAGUAGUAACCGUAACUCUUUUCAACUGGUACCAUUUACCCCUACGCGUGUUAAUUUCGCUCGUGAUGAUGCUAACCCCCAUCAACGUCGACCCCUCUUUAUUGCUCAUUUACCCUUUUCGGCUCUCCCUCCUCUUUUCAGGUCCAGACAAUUGAGCCGUGGUGCAUUGCGUGUCAACAAACGUAACAGAAGUGAUGCAUAUGUUUAUUGUGAUGAUUUGGAUGACGAUAUUUACAUCUGUGGUUCACGUGAUCGAAACAGAGCACUGGAAGGUGAUGUGGUGGCUGUUCGUCUUGUAGAUGUAGAUAAAGUAUUGAGAGAGAAAAAAGAAAAGGAAGAGGCCAAGUUAAUUCGUAACGGAGGUCAGGCCAGAGUUCGAUUACCUGACGAGGAAGAUGAAAACGAAAUUAUCUUUGGUGGUGAUGAAGAUGUAGAUGUUGUCAAACCUAAAUAUUGUGGUGUUGUUGUGGCUAUCUUGGAAAGAGCUCAAAAUCAAGUUUUCUCUGGAACUUUGACUUUAAUGCGUCCAAAUAAUAAACGUGCUCAGGAAGAAAAAGCCGCAGAAGAAGCAAGAAAGUCAAUUCAUGGAAACGAUGUUGCCUUCCGCAAAGAAGCGCCUCGCAUUGUUUGGUUUAAAUCCACGGAUAAACGUGUCCCGUUGAUCGCCAUUCCUAUUGAACAGGCACCCAAUGAUUUUGUUGAUCACAGCGAAGCCUAUUCUACUAGUUUGUUUGUGGGAUCCAUGAAAAGAUGGCCUAUCACAUCCCUUCAUCCUUUUGGUACUUUAGAACGUGAACUGGGUUCCGUGUACGAACUUUCGACCCAGACAAAGGCCAUUUUUGCGGACAACAACGUUACUGAUUGUGACUUUUCAGAGGCCGUGCUGAGUUGUUUACCUUCCAUUCCUUUCCAUUUGGAGGCAGAUGCCUCUCGUCGUGAUUUAAGAUCAGACACACUCACUUUUACAAUUGACCCCAAGGGUUCCAAUGUGCUUGAUGAUGCAUUAUCCAUCAAACGACUUGAUGCAGAAACGUGGGAAGUGGGUGUCCAUAUUAGUGAUGUAACCUAUUUCAUUAAAUCACAAUCUGCAUUGGAUAAAGAAGCUCGUGCCAGAGCUGUACGUGUGGAUUUGAUACAUACCUUUGUUCCAAUGAUCCCUCAAGAGUUGACAGAGCAGGUAACCAAUUUAAGUCCCAAUGAAUCCAGAUUUACUGUCUCUGUGAUUUGGAAAAUGAAUAACAAGGGAGAGAUUAUCGAUACUUGGUUUGGAAAGACCAUCAUAAGAUCUUCUGCACAACUUACAUAUGAUGAUGCACAAAAGAUAUUGGACCAUAGAGCAUCAUCUGACGAACAGGUAUCAAAAGAUAUUGUGUCUCUUUCCGAGUUAGCUUCUCUUUUACGUGAUCAUCGUCAAUCCAAUGGUAUUUUUACUCAGACCCGCGAUGAAUUGGAAUAUGAAUUUAAGGAUGAGGAACCUGUUACUGUGUCCGUCAGUCAUAAAAAUGCUGCUGCCAUGAUGGUGAAAGAAUUCUUGUUUUUAGCCAAUAAGAGUGUCGCACAAAAGAUCUCUAGCCAGUUCCCCAAUCAUGCAUUAUUACGUCGACAAUCACCUCCUUCUGAACGUAAAAUUAAGGAGUUGUGUGCCUAUGCCUCUCGUCAUUUGGGUGUACAAUUGGAUAGUACAAAUGCUGGUACACUUGAGGCUUCAAUCAGAUCCAUUGGAGACUCCAAACUCCGUAAGCUCGUGUCUGUCAUUGUCUUGAAAACCCUGCAAGCACCCAAAUACUUUUGCUCCGGCAGUGUGGAUAUCGUCAAAUAUCAACAUUAUUCAUUAAACAUUCCUCUUUUCACCCAUUUCACGGCUCCCAGCAGAAGAUUUGCUGAUAUUAUUGUUCAUCGUCAACUGGAAGCAUCACUUGAAGCUGGAGAAAAACGAUUUUCCCUUGAUAGAGAUACAGUUCAAAAGCUCGCCCAACACUGUAAUGUCAAGAAAGAUGCUGCUAUCUAUGCUCGUGAUCAAAGCAAUCUCAUGUUUUUGUCGGUUCAUAUGAAUAAGUUAUCACAACAACAAGUUCCUCAAGCUAUCACAACGGGACCUUCUCUUAUUUUCCGUGAAGCCAUUGUGGUUGCAGUUUUCGAUCAAUUCUUUGAUGUGAUGAUUCCUGAAUUGAACCUGGAGAAACGUAUCCAUCUUGCUUCUUUGCCCGUUUGGAGAUCGGAUUACGACGCCACCCACCAGAGUUUGACCAUGUUUUGGAGAAAGGGAGUGGAUACAUCCAGUGGUAAAAAGGUAGAAUGGAAUUUAUCUGACGAGGAAGACGAGGAAGACAUGGAUGACAUGGAUGAUGCAGCCUUAUUGGAAGAAAUGAUCGGCACGGGUUCUUUCAAGGAAGAAGAAGAGGAGGUUGAGGAAUAUAAGAAUGCGAUUCUUUCAGAGAAGGUUGUGAGUCGAUUAGCUGUUCAACAAGAGGAAAAAGCACCUUUCAAUGUAUUUCCCAACAAAUCUAUCUCUACACCUGUGCUUAUGAACCGUCGUCCUGAAACGAGUCGAUCUUCCAACCGACGUGCAUCCAUUGUCCGUGCCAGACUUUCGGAUAGUACUGCCUUUAGCACAGAACAAGGUUUUCAAACGCUUAAAGCCUUGGAUAAAAUUCGUGUGGUUCUAAUCAUCGAAUUAGUCAGAACACCACCUGUCAUUCGUAUCUUGGCUGCAAAUCCAUUCUCUUAAGUUAUUUUUUUUUCUUUUGCUAUUAUUACCCUUAUAUUAUAAAUACCACCCAUUCUUUUUUUUUUUUUUAUCUACCUAUAUAAUAUCCCAACCAUUUUUUUUUUUUUUAUCAUGUAUACUCCCACCGCCAAAUUAUCAAAAAAAAAAAAGUAAUUUGGUUAUAAAUAAAAGUCUAUCCAUUGUCAUAGUAUA